AGGAGGCGUGUAGGGACGUCGAAUAGUGUCGCGUUCAGACGGUUGGUGGACGUCUAGUGUCUUAUGAAUGACAGCCGCUGUCUCAGGUUAUGUGACAUUGUGGCAGGACAGGACGGGACAGGACACCGGAGUGACUUACGUGCGCGCAUAUCUGUCCGGACCGCAGGUGAUAUAAGGAAGGUGGAGAUGCGCCGCGGCUGCUGCUGCUGCUGGUUUUACGCGGAGAGAAGCGCGGCGCUCGGUUCAGUUUCACGAGGUUACCAAACACUUCACCCGGUCUCAUGCCAGCCCCGUGGAUUCGCGCAUUGUUAGUGAAAACCCUAACCUAAUCCGCAGGAGGAAAAAGGGGGACAGAUUCUUCACGCAUCAGGAGAGUUUUUUUUUUUUUCUCAUUGCCAGAUCUUUGACGGAUGCGCUUCACUUCUUGUGUCUUAACUAAGCAGGCCUGCUCCAUCUGGGAGUCUUAGCCCCGAAGUGCCUAACUUUACGGUUUACAGGUGAGUUUGCCGGCGCGUGAUGUACACGAUUACAAGAGGUCCCAGCAAACUGGUCACCCAGCGACGCACAGGGCCCACGCAACAGCUGGAUAACAAAAUCAACGACUUUAAGCACAAACAAACCUCCUGGAACAUGCCCGACCUUCCUGCGCCCAGGAUAGUCUUCAACCGCCUGAACGGUAAGAAGUACCAUCAGCCGGCGGCGGCUGCCCCCGCAGACGACCAGCACGAAGAGAGUUUCACCCCUGCGCACGAGGAGAACGUCAAGUUCGUGUACGAGGCCUGGCAGGAGGUGCUGCAGCAGCAGGAGCAGGGACCCAGCCAGGGGCCGGAGGUGACCCACAGAGCGGUCCACUACAAAGAGACCGCCCCCGGCCCACACAUGGACGAUUUUGUGCCCAUAGAUCUGGAUGAGUGGUGGGCCCAGCGCUUCUUGGCCAACAUAGACAAGUUAUCCUGACCCUCCUCUGGAUUCGGAUGCUCUUCGACAGUCGGGAGGUGAGACCUGAAAGUUUCGAUAGCUCAUGGAGCGAGAAGAUGGCGUGAUGGGUCAACGCGCUCCCCUCCCCCUCCCAACUCUGAUGUGAUUCAAACGGACUUGACAGCGCUGGGACGCUGACAAAAAACAAAACAAACAAACCAAGUACUGAGAAUCACUUUAUUUGAACUCAUCUGCCCAUCAUCUCCAAACAUCCAGUCUGUGACACACGUGAGGAUGACGCCUUGAAGCGGAGGGUUUCCUCGUACUCGCCCUCACAGCAGAGAUGUUACUUUGAAAUGCAGUAAAAUUGUAUUUUGAAGUAAAUUCUGGAUUUGA